AUGGGACCCGUGGUCGUGAAACUCGUCAAAGGUGUCGCGGCAGGGAUCGGCCUUGCAUCCGAGGGAAUAGCUGCCCGCAAGGCUAAGAAGGCACAGAGGACCCAAGCGGAAGCGAAUAGGGAGGGCCUUACAGAUGAUGAAUCUGAAGUCGUCGUGGAGAGGGACGCUGUCGUCGAUACCCUAGAAGAGCAAUGGGCCCUUGACGAGGCACAAGAAGAGCUCCAACACACCUCAUACCCAGAGGACGACCCCCCUCCGUAUAGUGAGGUUGUCGAUGGAGCUGCUCUUGCUUCCUGGUUUGCAAGUCAACAUCCGACACCCAAGGGUGCUGUAACCGCUCGUCUACCUGCUCCGAUCCUUCUCCCACAGCGCAGACCGAAGGACCGUAAUCGUGGAUUCCUUCGCGCCUAUGCGCCUGACCUGGCCCCAUUUGGCAUUGAUCAGGCCACGUUCCUUGAAUUCUUGGACACAGCCGAGAAAGGCUGCCGGGCACACCGUUGGCUGCAGGCUAUCAACCUGGCUGCCCUUGUGGGCCACGCCAUCCCAUCUGUCGCCGCAAUUGCGGUGUCAGUGGCUAUCCAUCAAUUUGCCAACCUGACUAUCGCCGCAGAUGGCCGUCGGAGGACCAACAAUUUCUUUGAUCAGGCAAAUGAGGAGUUCUUCCAACCUCGUGGGCUGUACUGCUUAGUCUUGACCUGGAUUCCGGAAGAGCCAGAUGCACCGGCAAUGUCGAUGGAUCUCCAGUCCACUGUUGCCAAAGCCAUGACCGGAGAUGACUCCACCAUGCUAGGGUCAAACAAGCUUAGACGCCUCCAGCAGAAGUUCAAGACGUCUGACGGCAAAAAUUAUGGAAACCCUUUCCCAGAGGUUGCGCCCCUCGUUUUCCCCGAGCUGGAGCAGUUAGACAAUGGGGAAGACGCGGAGAAGAAGCUUCCCAAGACAAAACGACGUGUUGAGUUUGUCAAGGCCUACUUGGACAAAAGAGCUCAAGCAACCUUCCAAGCGGAAAACCCUAAUAGCCAUUUGAACCAACGGCCGAAAGCGACAUUUGCCUCACGUUAUGCUGAUCCUAACCAUGCAGCUAGCAGUGGCGAUCUCCUUAGCUUGGUGACCGGGGGCUAUGCCAGCAGGGGUAGCAGGGGCGGCCGAUGCUGCCGAGGCGGCGGCGGCGGACUGAUUGGCGGACUGGCAGAGCUCAUCAGAGACCCCCAGGGGCUCAACCGCGAGGCUACACAAAACGCCGGCGGGAGGGAACCUAGUCCAAGUGCCGAUACCCUUAUAGGCGGCGGUCUGGUUGAAAUCCGCAAACUAUUUGAAGGAAAAGUGAUAUACCUUGCAAUUGUGAACAUGCCAUCCGAGGUUGAAAUGAGGGAGGCACGGGAUGCUUUGGGCAUGUCAAAGAAUUAA